GAAAAUGGAAAAAGAAAUCUAUGAAAAUUCCAACAAACGAAAGUCUGUUGUUCAAAUUAUUUUACCUACAACAAGCAUUAAAUCAGAAAAAUCAGCAAAUCAGACAGAUGAGAAUAAUUUAAAUGAAUGGAUUGAAGAUAAAAAGAAAAAAAUAAAUUUAUUAAUUAGCCGUAUCUACAGAAGGAGAAGCAGAAGGGGAAGCAAUAUUAGUGCGGUUAGAAAGCAGACUAUGAGAGAAAAGUUUGUUGAAGUUUUUCUAGAAAAUCAGAAUUUUAUUAAAACAUGUGAAAUUGUGUCAAAAAUAAGCAUGUUCAAAUUAAAUCAGAAAAACAUGACAACAAUUAAAUAA